AUGGCUAUGACGCAUAACCUCCGUCUUCUCUCGGAUGCAAUUGUCGUUGGGAGUGGUACGCUGGUGAACGAUAAUCCGGGAUUAAAUGCGCGUGUGCCUGUUGUAGCACCGCUAGAUAAUCAACCAACGCCGAUUGCAAUUGAUCCCGAGUAUAAGAUGCCAGUGACAGCGAAAUUAAUCUCAAACUACCACAAUGGAAUUGGUAAACAGCCUAUCCUGCUGGCUUAUAGAGACUCACCCAAGAACGACAAAAGACUGGCGUUAGAGGAGAGUGGAGUGAAAGUGGUUGAUAUUCUCACACCAAGCACACCACUCAACAGACAACACUUCAACACACUCAGCCAGAUAUUUGGAUUUACGCGAUUCAUGGUUGAAGGUGGUGCAACGGUGAUCAAGAGCAUUCUAGCCGCGUCGGCAAACGAAACAUCCCUAUCUGACACCCUGGCCGAUACUCUAGUAGUUACAGUCUCGCCUGUGCUCAUCGGUGAUGGUGUUAGUGUGGUGAAAAAUCAACCAAAUAACUCAAAAACACCAAAUCUACAUCACAAAGCUAGCAAAGUAUUUGGUAAGGAUGUUGUAUUCGUCGCUAAUUUUAUAGAUAAUUGA